AUGUUAGUAAUCGGCGAUGCCGCGAUGCCGAUACCCACGAUGCCGAUGCCCACGAUGCCAAACAAAAGAAAAAUUUGGACGAAGGCCGAGACACUUCUAUUCCUGAAGUGCUACACUGAGAGGAAGGAUGAGUUCCUGCAUGCGCGGAAGAAAAAGUUCGCAUAUGAAAACGUCUUGGAGGACAUUGUACAUCAAGGAUUUACAGAUACAACAAUUAAUGCUGCCCUUGUAUCAAAAAUGCGAACGCUUUUGAACGCCUACAAAACAGCGAAAGACAACGAGAAGCAGACUGGCACUUCUCCGUGCACAGUACCUUAUAUGCGCGAAAUGUACGAAAUUUUUGGCGAAAGUUGUUUGGUGGUCAACAACCACACCAUAAACAUUGGGACUGAACCUCAAGAGGCAUUGGUUGAGUCUAGUGGUAAGGAUUCAACUGAUUUUCAAACAAUGCUCGACGAUAUGCCAAGUACUUCAAGGCAGAGCCAGUCUGCACUAAGCCGUAGCAUAUGCAUACCGAAUGCAGUGUAUUCACAGGAGCCAAACGCAGCAAAUCCUGUUCCAAAUCGUCGUUAUCGGAAAAGCGCUAAAGAACGAUAUUUUGAUAAAAGAAUCGAACAAAAAAGGAAAAGUGCUGAAGUGAAGGCGAAAUUUUACGCGAAUAUAGAAAAACAAAUACAGGAUAUGGCCGAAAAACAAGUUGAGAUUGAAAAUGGAAAAUGUUGCUCUAAAAGUGCAUUUUAA